GAACAAGCUGUAAAAACAGCAACUGUUGGAUUAAACAAAAGUGUAGAGGAGCUCACUAAACGUUAUGAUAGCCGUGUGAAACUGUGGAGUGGUGAACUUCCAGAAGAAGAAAAGAGGAUUUG